CACUAGUGAUUUGUCCUCGCAAUCAUUUCAUUUCUAAACAGCGAAAAAAAAGAAAAAAAAAAAUUAAACCAGAGCUGCCAUGAAAGCUCGAUCUGUAAAGCUUAAAGAAGCACAUCAGAGUAAUGGAUCUAAAUCCAGUUGUUCUAUUAUCUGGGAUCUUGAAUCUCAACAUCUCGUUACUUCUUCCACUUCUGAUACUAAAAUCUCUAUACAUGAUGCACUUUUACCUGCAAAACCUCCAAAACUUGUCUCUCAUCAUAAGGAAGGUGUUACAGCUUUAGCACUUAAUCCUAAUUCUUCAUGUCUUGCUUCUGGUUCACUCGAUCGUUCUGUCUCACUCUAUAAUUUUCCAGGUGGAAAAUUUCAAACCAAUAUAACCAGGUUCACGUUGCCGAUACGUUGUCUUGCUUUUAGUAAGUCAGGUAGUUUGUUGGCUGCUGCCGGUGAUGACGAGGGUAUUAAAUUGAUAAACACAAUUGAUAACACAAUUGAUAGGGUUCUGAAAGAACACAAAGGACCUGUAACUGGAUUAGCUUUUGAUCCAACUGGUGAGUACUUGGCAUCUGUAGAUUCAAUUGGUACUGUGAUAUUUUGGGAACUGUCCACUAGGACACCAAUAAAUAUUCUUGAAAGGGUUGCUCCUCACUAUGGCACAGACACGUCUGUCCCGAAUGUAUUGUGCUGGAGUCCAUCUGGGGAUGUCUUAGCUGUCCCGGGUUUGAAAAACGAUGUUGUCAUGUAUGAUAAAGAUACAGCAGAGAAAGUUGGUUCACUCAAAGGUGACCAUUCAGAAUCUGUUUGUUUCAUGUCUUGGUCACCUAAUGGAAAAUACAUGGCUACAUCUAGCUUAGAUAAGCAGAUUUUGGUGUGGGAUGUUGUCAAGAAGCAGGAUAUAAAUCGCCAAAAGUUUGAAGACAUAAUCUGUUCUAUGGCUUGGAAGCCAACUGGGAAUGCUUUAGCUGUAAUCGAUGUUAUGGGGAAGUAUGGGGUGUGGGAUUCCGUUGUUCCUUCACAUAUGAAUUCUCCUCUAGAAGGUGCUCCAAAACCAAGAAGUAAUGGGUUGGAUUUAUUUGAUGAAGAUACUCAAGAACCUAGUGGUUCUGGUAGUUUGAGUAAUGUUGGUGAAAGUAGCUUUGGCGAGCCUGAGCCACCUCAGAAAAAAAGACUUAGGAAACAGACUGAAUUUGAUAUGUUAGAUGAAGAUGAUGAUGGUGCAGUAGGCAUUCCUACCAAGGCUGAACCUCUCAAAAAAGCUUCUCAUAUUCACAAGAAACCUAAAGAUGACGUAUAUGAGGAAUUUGGUAGCGGAAUGAAGCUUGGAAGACCAAAAAUGCAGGAUGCUUUUCAGCCAGGCUGUACACCGUUUCAGAGUGGGAAACGACGUUUCCUUUGUUACAACAUGCUUGGAGUCAUUACUACGGUGGAGACUGAUGAAUAUUCCCACAUAGAGGUUGACUUCCAUGACACUGAUAAAGGCCUUCGAGUACCCUCAAUGACUGAUCAUUUUGGUUUUACGAUGGCUUCACUUAAUGAGAAUGGAAGUGUAUUUGCAAAUCCAUGCAAGGGCGAGAAUAAUAUGAGUACUCUUAUGUAUCGCCCAUUCAGUAGCUGGGCUAACAACAGCGAGUGGUCAAUGCGUUUUGAGGGAGAAGAAGUUAAGGCUGUGGCUCUUGGUACUGGUUGGGUUGCUGCUGUUACCAGUUUAAAUUAUCUACGCAUAUUCACUGAAGGUGGACUGCAGAAGCAUGUUGUCUCUCUGGAUGGGCCUGUGGUGACGGCAUCUGGCUUCAAGGAUGAGCUGGCUGUUGUGACUCAUUCUUCUUGUCUUCCCUCUAAUGAUCAGAUGUUGGAGUUCAGAGUCUUCAACUUUGCGAAAGAAGCCCAAGCCAUCAAAGGUCGUCUUCCAUUAACACCUGGUUCAUGUUUAACAUGGCUAGGUUAUAGUGAAGAAGGCCACCUCAGUUCUUAUGAUUCUAAGGGUGUAUUGAGAGUGUUCACUAGCCAAUUCGGAGGAAGUUGGUUACCUCUCUUCAGCGCUAGCAAGGAUAAGCCCGAGGAUAACUACUGGGUGGUUGGGCUGAAUGAUAGCAAAUUGUUCUGUAUUCUCUGCAAAAAUCCUCUGACAUAUCCUCUGGUGACACCCAAGCCAUUUCUUACACUGCUGAAUCUUUCAUUUCCUCUAGCGUCUUCCGAUCUGGGAGCUAACGAUCUUGAAAAUGAAUUUAUGUUGAGCAACCUAUCUCUCUCACAGAUUCAGAGAAAGAUUGAUGAAAUGGCCACUUCUCGUCAAAAUAUCAUGUCACUAGAAGACAAAGCUUUCGAUAUUGAGACAUCUCUUGACAGAUGCAUCUUGAAGCUUAUUGCGGCAUGCUGUAAUGGUGAUAAGUUUGAGAGAGCUGCGGAGCUUGUGAAACUUUUAUCUUUGGAUAAAUCAGUGCAAGGUGCGAUAAGGAUUGCUACUGUCCUGAAGCUUCCUGUGUUGGCUGAUCGCUUUAAUUGCAUCCUUGAGGAAAGAAUGCAAAAUGAAACUACUGGGACAACUCCAUAUACAAAACCAUCCUUUGAUGGUUUUAAUUUUAAAGCUCCCGAUAUCAUGCCUGUUGCUGAUAACAGAAGGAUGGAAUUUGAAAAUGCGUUGCCCACACCAAAGCUUCCUUCACCUCAGUUUUUCAAGCAAGAAAAAGCAGAAACAAGUAGGUCUACUGUGGGAAAAGAGAGAAUGGAAACCAAUGGAAGUCCUAGUGUUGAGAAAAUAAAGAUAACUGAUGUCAAGGUUCAGGGUGAAACUAAUCCCCCGAAAAAGUUGAUGACCAUUCCAGAGAAGCCUAGAUUAUUUGGUUCUGCUAAUGAAGUCACAUGCAAGGGAAACAAAGGUGAAGAGAUAAGUCCAUCUGAGUCUCAUCGACCUACAAAUCCAUUUGCAAAGUCACAGAAUACCCAGGUAAAGACAUCAUCUCUGUUGGAUUCUAUCAAGAAGAUGAAAGAUGGAGGUAAAAGCUAGUAGGGAAGAGCCCACUUUGUCAAUUUUACUUUCUAAUUUGUAUAUAUUGAUCUUGGCAUGGUUUUGGUACUGUAAAUUAUACAUGAAAAUAUUGAAAAGUGAAUGUAAUUCCAGCGUUCUUUCAUAGCAUAUUCAACGACUUCAAUCAUUCAA